AUGAAAAUGAAUAAUACAACAUUCGAAUCAUUAUCGAAUGAAUUAUUUCUUGAUUUAUUCGAAUUAUUUAAUGGAAUUGAUCUUUUUCGUGCUUUUGAUAAUCUUAAUAUUCGUUUUAAUUCUUUAUUAUUUAUCUAUUUUCGAAAUAAUCGUAUUGAUUUACGUUCAAUAUUAAAAAAAGAUUUUGAUAUUUUUUGUCAAAAAUAUCUUCGAUUAAUAUUAAAUCAUACAAUUUAUCUACGAAUUUCUGACGAUGAGGACACACCUUUUCAAUAUACAAAUUUUCUAUCAGCUGGUUUUACAUUAGGUCAAUUUAAUAAUCUUCGUUCUCUAACAUUUAAUUGUGUUAGUUCAGAUCGAAAAAUGAAUCAAUCGUUUUUUUCCGAUUUAUAUCGUCUUAACGAAAUAAAAAAUCUUAAAUUUGUUGAUUGUCGAUUGUAUAAUAUCAACAUAGAAGAUUUUAACAAUAUAAUUAAUCAAAUUUGGAAUCUAUCAAAAUUAACUCAUUUAUAUUGGGAUUGUAGAUUUGAAUCGAAUUUUUUUUCUAUUCCUACUAAUGUAUCAAAAUCUUUGCAAUAUUUAACUGUUUGUAAACCAUAUUGGUAUUCAUCUAAAUUUGUUGAUUUCUUUAAAAAAACACCUAACUUAAAAAAUUUGUCAACAUCAUUAGAUACGUAUGAAGAAGAUGAUCUUCCUCUUAUUCGUGAAUUUAUACCAUUACCUCAGAAUUUUUCGAUUAAAAAACUUGUUCUAACUGAAGUAAGGUCACAACGUUUAAUGAUUAAUCUAUUUAAAUUAUUACCUAAUAUUAUUAAUUUAAAAAUUGAAAUAUUAUCUCUCAAUAUUGAUGGACAUCAAUGGAAACAAAUUAUUAUUAAUUAUUUACCUAAAUUGAAUGUUUUUAAAUUUAUGAUCAAUUCAAAUCUUGAUUUCUGGAUUGAUAACAAAACUGAUGAUGAAAAAAUUGAUCAAUUUCUUGAAACAUAUCGUAAUCCAUUUUGGAUUGAACAUCAUCAAUGGUUUGUUCGAUGUCAUUGGAGACGCGAGAUAAAAUCUCUUUCGUUUACCGUUUAUUCAUUACCUUAUGCAUUUAAUUAUUUUCCUAUUUUAUUUAAUGAAUCAGAUUCUAAAACAAUAUCGACUUGUUCAUCUCAAAUAGAUUUUUCUUAUGAUUCUAUUCGUCAUGUAGUAUAUAAACAACAGAUCUUCAGCGAACAAGCGAUAUACAAUAUUCAAUUUAUUAAUAUUGAAAUAUUAUCUAUUCAACUUCCAAUUGAUCAUCGAUUUUUGUCAAUUAUUUCGAAAUUUGAAAAUUUAUAUUCACUUCAUGUACGUAUUCCAACGAUAGUUUAUAAAUCACAAUUACAAAUAUUACUUGAUAAUGCACCUCGUCUAUAUUCAUUAUCAUUUCCAUCUUGGAAUACUUCUAAAACACCACCAUAUCAAUUUACUAGUCGAUCAAUUCAUCGACUUAACUUAUAUGGUUCUGGUAAAACUGGUCAUAUACAUCUUUAUACUAGGAAACAAUGUUUAGAAUUAACUCGAUCACCAUUAGGUAGUCAAUGUAAAGUAUUAAUUAUUGAAAUUAAACAACUCAGAUGUAUUGUGGACUUAAUUUAUUCAAUGAUUAAUCUUCGAACGUUGCACAUUUACUAUCAAUAUGAUACACGUCAUAAUACUCUUGAUCUUGUCAAAGGUAUACAAGAUUGUUUACCAUCAAAAUGGAUUGUAAAUAGAAUUUGUUAUGGAAGUAUUAUUAUUCAAUCAUGA